AUGUUUUUCCUCAGCGGCGGGCCCAGGGGGCUGUUGUGUCCUCUGGAGUCCCUGGAGCAGCCUCUUCACAUCCAGACGGAUCCCCAGAGAGCUUUCUUCGCAGUGUUGUCCCCAUCUCAGCUGAGCAUCUGGUACUGCAGACCCAGUGUAUUAAUCGUAAGUUACAAGGAACUAUCAAAAGCAGCUUCUCAGUUUGGACCUUAUAAACAAGCAGAAUGGCGGCCUGACAGCACCAUGAUAGCUGUUUCAACUGCAAAUGGAUACAUCUUAUUUUUUGAAAUCCCAUCAGCAAGAGACAAGUAUCUUUAUGAGCCAAUGUAUCCCAAAGGAAGCCCACAUCUAAAGGGAACCCCACAUUAUAAGGAGGAACAAUGUGCUCCUUCAUUAUGUCUAGAAAUGAAGAAAGUGCUGGACUUGCAAGCGUCUAUCACAAGUUUGCAGUCCAUGUUAGAGGAUCUACUUGUUGCUACUGCUGAUGGAUUUCUCCAUCUCGUUCACUGGGACGGUAUGACCAAUGGAAGGAAGGCCAUCAACCUAUGUACAGUUCCAUUUUCUGUGGACCUGCAGUCUUCUCGAGCAGGUUCAUUUUUGGGCUUUGAAGAUGUUUACAUCAGAGAUAUGGAAUACUGUGCCACGCUUGAUGGUUUUGCAGUUGUUUUUAAUGAUGGCAGAGUUGGUUUCAUUGCACCAAUGUCAAGUAGAUUCACUGCUGAGCAGCUCCAUGGUGUUUGGGCACAAGAUGUGAUUGAUGGAACUUGUGUGGCAGUAAAUAACAAAUACAGGCUAAUGGCAUUUGGAUGUGCCAACGGCUCUGUGCAGGUUUAUACAAUAGAUACCACUACUGGCGCCAUGCAGUUUUCUCAUAAAUUGGAGCUGACACCAAAACAAUAUCCUGAUAUUUGGAAUAAAACAGGACCUGUUAAACUAAUCAGAUGGUCACCUGAUAGCUGUGUUGUGAUGGUGACGUGGGAGUGUGGAGGCUUGUCCUUAUGGAGUGUUUUUGGUGCUCAGCUUAUCUGUACUUUAGGAGGUGAUUUUGCGUACCAAUCUGAUGGUGCCAAGAAGGACCCUCUAAAGAUCAGUUCUAUGACCUGGGGAUCAGAAGGGUAUCAUCUGUGGGUUAUUGAUGGGAAUUCUUCUUCAAGCAUGAAGCCUGAAAGAGAUGCAAAUAAUGAAGCUCGCCAGUUUGGUAUUCUGCAGUUUCAUUUCAUCAAAAGCGCACUCACUGUUAACCCUUGUAUGAGUAACCAGGAACAAGUCCUUCUUCAAGGAGAAGAUCGCUUGUAUUUGAACUGUGGAGAUGCAACACAGGCUCAGAAUCCCAGAAAUACUUCAGCACACUCUGAACACAAGCCUACCAGGGAUAGAACUGGAAUUUGCAGCUGAUGUCAUCAUCUUAGAUGGCAUCUAUUUAAGAUUCAUAGUACAUACCUAGAGAGCAACUGGCCUAUAAGGUUUUCAGCUAUUGACAAGCUUGGACAGAAUGUAGCUGUUGUUGGCAAGUUUGGUUUUGCACAUUAUUCUUUACUCACCAAAAAAUGGAAGCUGUUUGGAAACAUUACCCAGGAGCAAAAUAUGACGGUAACAGGUGGCUUAGCAUGGUGGAAUGACUUCAUUGUUCUUGCAUGUUAUAAUUUAAAUGAUCAUCAGGAAGAGCUGAGAAUCUACCUGCGAACGUCUAAUCUUGACAAUGCAUUUGCACACAUCACCAAAGUGCAAGCAGACACGUUACUACUGAGUGUCUUCCGGGACAUUGUAAUAUUGUUCAGAGCAGAUUGUUCCAUUUGCCUUUACAGUAUUGAGAGAAGGCCUGACGGUCUUAACCCUACUGCCAGUAUCCAAGUUCUUCAAGAAGUGUCCAUGUCUCGGUACAUUCCUCAUCCUUUUCUUGUAGUGUCUGUUACGUUGACAUCAGUGAGGACAGAGACUGGCAUCACCUUGAAGAUGCCUCAGCAGGCUUGUGAGGCUGAAAGUAUUAUGCUAAACUUAGCAGGACAACUCAUCAUGUUGCAAAGGGAUCGAUCUGGACCCCAAAUACGAGAUAAGGAUAAUAAUCCUAAUCAAAGGAAGCAUCUGCCUUUUUGUGCUCCAGUUGUCCUAGCCCAGUCUGUUGAAAAUGUAUGGACUACUUGCAGGAUCAACAAACAGAAACGUCACUUAUUGGAGGCUCUGUGGCUCAGCUGUGGUGGGGCAGGUAUGAAAGUCUGGCUUCCUCUGUUUCCCAGAGAUCAUCGAAAACCGCAUUCCUUUCUGUCAAGACGGAUCAUGCUGCCUUUCCACAUCAACAUAUACCCAUUGGCUGUUUUGUUUGAAGAUGCCUUGGUUCUUGGUGCUGUUAAUGACACUGUGCUCUAUGACUGUUUAUACACUCAAACCAGUGCUAGAGAACACUUAGAGGUUCUCUUUCCUUUCUCCAUUGUUGAGAGAACCUCUCAGAUCUACCUCCAUCACAUUUUACGCCAGCUCUUGGUUAGGAACCUCGGUGAACAAGCCUUGCUUUUGGCCCACUCCUGUGCCACAUUACCAUACUUUCCUCACGUACUAGAACUGAUGCUUCAUGAAGUGCUGGAAGAAGAAGCUACCUCGCGGGAACCCAUUCCCGACCCUCUGCUUCCCACUGUGGCAAAAUUCAUUACAGAGUUCCCCCUCUUCCUGCAGACAGUUGUUCAUUGUGCUAGGAAGACAGAAUAUGCCCUGUGGAAUUACCUUUUUGCUGCUGUUGGAAACCCGAAGGACUUAUUUGAAGAGUGUUUAAUGGCCCAGGACUUGGACACAGCUGCCUCUUAUCUUAUUAUCCUACAGAAUAUGGAAGUUCCAGCAGUUAGCAGACAACAUGCUACUCUCCUAUUUAAUACUGCCUUAGAGCAGGGAAAGUGGGAUCUUUGUCGUCAUAUGAUCAGAUUUCUUAAAGCCAUUGGCUCUGGAGAAACAGAGACACCUCCAGCUACACCAACAACUCAGGAACCUAGUUCAAGUAGUGGCUUUGAGUUCUUCAGACAUCGCAGCAUUAGUUUAUCCCAAUCAGCAGAGAAUCUCCAUAGCAAAUUUAACUUGACAAAAACACUGAGUAUGCCCUCUGGCCCAUCUGGAAAAAGGUGGAGUAAAGACAGUGACUGUGCCGAGAACAUGUACAUUGACAUGAUGCUCUGGCGGCAUGCUCGGCGUCUGCUAGAAGAAAUCAAGCUGAAAGACCUUGGCUGCUUUGCUGCACAGUUAGGCUUUGAGCUGAUUGGCUGGCUGUGCAAGGAGCGAGCCAGAGCUGCCCGCGUGGAGGAUUUUGUGUUCGCUUUGAAAAAGCUACACAAGGAUUUCCUCUGGCCAUUUCCAGUCAUACCGGCAUCGUCUAUUAAUUCACCUUUCAAGAAUGGAAAGUACAAGACAGCCGGGGGGGAGCAGCUGCUAAAAUCUCAGUCUGCAGACACCUUUGUAAACAUGGAAAUGGACACAGGGGUUUCACACGCACCUCGGAGUCGCAGCUGGCUUGGCGCUAUCAGCUCCUCUCAGAGAGAGAUUGACACAGUUUCAUCCCAUGGACCACACAUGCAAGAUGCAUUCCUUUCUCCUUUGCUAAGUAAAGGUGACGAAUGCAGCAUUGGUUCAGCAACGGACCUGACUGAAACAAGUUCUGUGGUGGAUGGUGACUGGACCAUGGUGGAUGAAAACUUCUCCAGUCUAAGUCUAACUCAGUCAGAGCUUGAACAUAUCUCUCUAGAACUGGCUAGUAAAGGGCCGCACAAGUCACAGGUCCAGCUGCGGUACUUGCUACAUAUCUUCAUGGAAGCAGGAUGUCUGGAUUGGUGUAUUAUCAUAGGCCUUAUCCUCAGAGAAUCUUCAGUAAUCAACCAGGUUUUCAGUAUAAUGCAAUCCUCUGAUAUUGAUGGAGAAAUCUGUCAGAAUAUCAAGACUGGCCUAUAUGCUGUUGACAAAUGGGCUUCUACAGAUUGCCCUGGGUACAAGCCAUUUCUAAAUAUCAUCAAACCACAGAUCCAGAAACUAAGUGAAAUAGCAGAAGAGCAAGUACAGCCUGAAGCUUUUCAGCCAGUGAAUCCUUCUAAGGUUACCGAGCAAGCGAAUCCCAGAGCUGAGGAAAGCAGGACUUCAUCUAGCCAUGGCACUAAUCCUCAAAGUGAUGCUGGCAACAGCAAUGCAAGCAGGCAUGAAGAGGACAAGUCUAAGACAGAAGAUGAGGAUUCAUGCCAAGAAGGCAAUUAUGACUGUAUUGUGUCUUAA